CUUCGUCUUUUGAAAGAAACUGCUCCAAGUCCUUCGAAGCAAGCAAUUUCGAACUAGUGGAACAUUCAAGAACCCUAGAGAUAAACAGGCUGAGGUUACGAGUUAGAUUAGAAGCAAAAGACAACUGAAAUUGCUCUCCAUUUCGUGCGAAAGGACAGGUCCCGUGUCAGUGGCGGUGGCAGAAAGUUCUUAUGUUCCGUACUCCGACCACGUUUCUUUGACGUCGCAACAUUCUAUGUACCCUUUGUUUUUGGUCAUUUACGACAACAAUAUGACAUCUGUGGCUCUUUCUUUUCGCUAUAUAUCGGUCGGACGAGAACCUUGUCAACACCGUCCGUCACCAUGAAUGCUUAUAUGGGCGAAUACGUGGUCAUCCAAAUCGAUCCCUUUGCCUCGCUCGAGUCGGCGUUGCUGUACGAUCCGGAAGUACUUGGAGCAUGCCAGGCGAUGAGGAACAAAAAAUAUGUAGCCUGUCUUACAUGGGCAGUCCAAUCAGCGAACAAAUACCUAUCCGGAACCGUCUGCUUCGUUUCUCAAGGGCUCACUUGUGGAAAUCCUGAUGAGGAUAUCACGCCGGCGAUGAGUCUGCCUAUCCUACCGAACACGUCUCAUCCCGAGUCUCGCGAGCCACUUGACGCUAAGGAGCCGCUGCCGUGGCCGGAUCUGUACCAGCAGACGCAGGCAGUGGCGAAAAUCCGCUUCCGAAAUACGCCUGCAGAUGGAAAGGCGCUGCCGCACUCGCCGCAUUCAUUGAGUGUCAGCGAGCGCUACGAGCUUCUUCUAGGCCAGGAGGUGGACGAGUGCAGGAGAGAGGAUCUAGCACGGGCGCGUCAAAAGGCUGAAGCUUCUGACUAUGAGAGCGCGACGUCAUCUUCGUGCACGGCGAUGGCUAGUAGCGAUGCUGGGUGGAGCGCGGAUGAGACGGUGUGCACAGAUUCUGGAGCAGGGCACGGUUCGCUAGCCGAGAUUGUGCCUGUCGUCGAGAUGACGAUCGAUCUGGAAUCAGUGGACGUUGUCAAUGACCCUUGGGAGUUUUUCGAGGAGGUGCAAGCUUUGGAGAGGCUUGUGUAUGAGCACAAGAAACGACACAGGUUGGCUAUAGAAAAGGCCAUAAAACUUGAUAGCGAACUCGCGGAGCGGAUAAUACUCAAGCACCGCGUGUCGUCCGUUGAGAAAGACAACUCCCCUCGGUUCAAGCAAGUCGUACAGUCUUGCCGGAAAAAAAUACACGCCCUCGCUUCCUUUAAUGGCUCUGAAUCUAGAAAGGGAUUCGGAUUGCCUAUGGAAUCUCCAAAAGGACCGUUGGAUGGGGUAUAUUCUUGCUGGCUAUAAUGUUGCAUAGUCAAAAUGAAUACGACGAGGAUUUGGGCAGUUCUUUUUCGGCUCGAUAACUUGGACCUGGCAACGUUACCCCUGAAAUCUAUACGACUUGAGGCAUUAUGGAAAGCAGUUGAUGCUUACCUUGGUUAGGCCCUGGGGCGCUCUGAGCCCUCGUGCCGCGACGGAGGUUUCUCAAUGGAAGUUGUUUCAUUGGAUUACAACCGAGAAUGUCGUGAAGCUAAUGUCGUCAUGUUGACGCUUCCUUCAACGCUGCGGUUUUCUUCAGACUAGCAUUAUCACGGACCAUGCCAUCCUAG